AUGGACAUCCACUCUCUUGUUAAUGCUGUGGAUGAUGUCAUCAUAAGUAAACUUGGAAGUACUUUUGCUACGUCCUUACAUAUGCAAGAUGAUCAUAAGUUAGUACAUGUAUCUGAUGAGGAUGAUAUUGGUGGCUGUCAUGUUGGGGAGGGGCAUGAAUGUGAUGGUUUUGAACAAGAAACCAAACUGAAAUUGACGAGCUUGAAGGAGUAUUCAACAUUUCCUUGUCCUGAUAUGGUGUUGCCUUCAAGCUCUUCUGAUGAUGAGGAGGCUGAUACACCACUGACAAAAUCACCCUCUAACCAAUCUCUGCAACAAAGUUACUCGUGCUCGGCAUCUCAGCCAGCAUCUCCAAAACUUGUAUCUGCAAUGAAGGGUAGCCGUGAGAAACUCGGGGGGUUAGAAACGAAAUUGUCUGUUAAAUGGGCCUCUGAUGUGUAUGAUCCGAUACCAACAUUAUCGUCACAUACUGUGAGAAUCAAGAAACAACCUAAAUCUAGGAUCAAGAAGAGUGAAAAGAAGUAUGUAAAGAAAGGUCAGAAGGGCACCUAUUCUAAAGGAGGUAGCGGCAAAGAUAAGAAGCAGCACUAUCGCUAUAGCUGGCCAGAAUCUUGUGGCAAAGGAUUUGAUGCUUCAAAGGAAUUAAAUAAUCUUGAUGUUGUUGGCCAUGAUUCAUACCAUGAAAUUAGCAACUCUAAAAUACCAUCUACAGAAAAGCCUUGUCAUGUGGGAGAAGCGUUUAGUAACAUCCUUGAUUUUGUCUCCUAUAUCAAGAGUUCUUAA